AAUUUAUUUUUUGUGAAAUCUGGUCUUAACAAAUUUGAAAUUUAGUGUCAGAAACGUUGAAAUGGAAAACAAACAGCAAAAACCAGCAAAAAACGUUGUACUUGAACGGGAGCCUAACUUCCAAGAGGCCUACGAAUUGCAGCCUCAAUUUCCACAUUUGGAAGGAACUUGCAUUGGCGUAGGUGUCCAGAGUAUUGUUUUAAAUGCAGUCGCGACAUUACUGGAUUCCUCUUCCUCAGAAAGUGACGAUGAAGAAGAUACAAUCAUAUGUGAGCGAUUGCGACGUCGUGAUAAUAUAUAUUUAAAAAAUGCUGUACUAUUGCUUGCUAAAAACAAUCGCAAUUGUGUUAAGCACUAUUUUGAACGAAUUGUUCCAUCAUAUUAUGAAAGUGAAUUUCGCAGUCACUUUAGAACUUCUAGGAGCCUUUUCGCAAGCUUAAGUGAUCGUUUAUUCCAAAGUGAAUAUUAUCAAAUGCUACGUCCAGACAAACGAAACUCGGAAAAAUUGUAUUUGCUGGUAUUUUUGUGGUUCGCUGGCCAUGANACAUUACGCUUAAAACCCUGUAAAAUGCGAAUAUUACCAAACAUGUAA